AUACAGAAGGUGAUAGGGCCCUUGCAGCAUGAAACUUACUUUGUUGUUGGAUAUUUGCCUUGUAGCUGCAAUGGUUUCUCUUUCAAUAGGCUGGACCCUGGUUUUUCAUGCAGUAAAGGGUAACGGACAGAAUGUCCGUGUUGCUUGGGACAAUGGGUCAAUAGCAGGAUGCACACCAGAUCUCGGCUGCAUUCCCGGGGGAUUUAAGCUAGAAAACUGGAGGAACAACGGGAAGCAUCUCCGAAGUCCCUUAAUUGAUCAGUGGAACUCGCUCAACAUUGUUAAGAUUCGUGUAGUGUUUGGAGGACUUGGAAAAACAUUGGCAUUUUUGGAAUUCGACGGAAGUGGAAGCAACAAAGAAGACUGGUUCAGCAAAUCCAGAUUAUUACACAGUAGUUGGUCCGAUCUAAAAAGUAGUUCUCAUACUAACUUUUUCUCCAUGAAUGGACAUAAUGCUGAUCUUAAAAGACAUUUUUUCAUCAACAAACAAUAUGGAGAAUGUCCUAACGAUAUUGGAUGGUUAGUUGUGAUAGAUAGAAUCCCUGUGUGUCCCUGGGAGAACAAAGGAGAUUAUCCACUCUUUUUGUACAGCAAGAGUUUGACGGCUUCCAACUGGAAUCAUGACACAGGAUCCGCUGAUGUUAUGAACGUCUACAUCCUAACAAUCUGAUGUUCAAGGUUGAUAACAUUUACAAAAGAACAUUAUUUCAAAAUGUUCCAGAAAAUUAAACCUAUGAUUUAUAUUCCUUUUCAAUAAAUUCAUGAAGCUUU